AUACAGUAUUGCUCAUUUCCAUAACGAGACUUAAAUUGGAGAAUGAUAAACAUUUCUCGUGAUCAGCCGUGAUAUCGUCAUUUCCUAUCAUGGCGGCUGGACCGAAGGACAAUCCUUUCCCAUCCCACCUGCAGACAUUGACUGUAGACUCCAAGGAUUACAGGUACUAUAGUUUACCAGCCUUUCAGGACAGCCGCUAUGAAAAGCUCCCCUUCUCCAUCCGUGUGUUGUUGGAAUCUGCUGUGAGGAACUGUGAUGAGUUUCAAGUUAAAAAACAAGAUGUUGAAAAUAUCCUCAACUGGCAAGAAAACCAAGAGAAAAAUGUUGAGAUUCCAUUCAGGCCAGCCAGGGUGAUUUUACAAGAUUUUACUGGUGUUCCAGCCGUGGUUGAUUUUGCUGCAAUGAGGGAUGCUGUAAAGAGGCUUGGAGGAGACCCUGAAAAAAUUAAUCCCAAAUGUCCAGCUGACCUGGUUAUUGACCACUCAGUCCAAGUAGAUGUAGCCAGAAGUCUUCUCAAUCGAAAUUGUCCAAAUCCUGGUGGCGGUGUCAGGAGCGGGUGUAUCAGUCGGGCUGCCAAGUCUUCCUUGUGCAAUAUAUGUUUAAACUCAGGCAUCCCAGUUUCAGAUGAACUUUGUCCAUUUCACAAUCUAAAAAGCGAGGGUGCUACUGCUUUACAGAAAAACCAAGAAUUGGAAUUUGAUAGAAACAAAGAACGAUUUGUUUUCCUAAAGUGGGGAGCCAAGGCAUUGAAGAACAUGCUCAUAGUGCCACCAGGCUCUGGCAUUGUGCAUCAAGUGAACCUGGAGUACCUGGCCAGGGUUGUAUUUGAAGAGAAUGGGAUACUGUACCCUGACAGCUUGGUGGGCACAGAUUCCCACACCACUAUGAUCAAUGGGCUGGGAGUUGUUGGCUGGGGUGUUGGAGGUAUUGAAGCUGAAGCAGUGAUGUUGGGCCAGGCCAUCAGCAUGGUCCUACCAAAGGUUGUGGGAUACAAAAUUACUGGACAGCUGAGCCCCUUGUGCACAUCCACUGAUGCUGUCCUUACCAUCACCAAGCAUCUGAGACAGAUAGGGGUGGUGGGCAAGUUUGUAGAAUUCUUUGGGGAUGGUGUGGCCUCCCUGUCCAUUGCUGAUAGGGCCACAAUCUCCAACAUGUGCCCAGAGUAUGGGGCCACCAUAGGCUUCUUCCCUGUGGACCAGAUGAGCAUGACUUAUCUGAAGAAUACAGCUCGUGAUGAGAAAAGAGUUGCUCUUGUGGAAGCUUAUCUGAAGCAAAACAAAAUGUUCAGAAAUUUCAAUGAUGCAAGUGAAGAUCCAGUCUUUUCUGAGAUAGUUGAACUGAACCUUAGUGAUGUGGUUCCAUGCUGUUCAGGACCCAAGAGGCCUCAUGAUAAAGUGCCUGUUGCAGAUAUGAAGGAUGAUUUCACCAAAUGUCUCAGCAACAAAGUUGGCUUCAAGGGGUUUGCAGUUCCACAAGAUAAGCUUGCUACCACUGUGCCAAUGGUGUUUGAGGGAAAAGAGUACACUUUGACUCAUGGUUCUGUUGUCAUUGCUGCUGUCACCAGCUGUACCAAUACCAGCAAUCCAUCUGUUAUGCUGGGAGCAGGCUUGUUGGCUAAAAAGGCAGUGGAAGCUGGAUUAAGUGUCAAUCCAUACAUCAAGACAAGCCUGUCACCAGGAAGUGGUGUGGUGACCUGUUACCUGAAGGAGAGCGGGGUCAUGCCAUUCCUAGAGACCCUUGGGUUUGAUGUGGUUGGCUAUGGAUGUAUGACCUGUAUAGGAAACAGUGGACCACUAGCUGAACCUGUGUCACAGGCCAUUGAAAAGGGUGAUCUUGUUGCCUGUGGUGUUCUGUCUGGAAACAGAAACUUUGAAGGCCGUAUCCAUCCUCUGACCCGUGCCAACUACCUGGCCUCCCCACCACUGGUCAUUGCCUAUGCAAUUGCAGGAACCGUGUGCAUCGACUUUGAAAAGGAACCUCUUGGCAUCAAUGGAGAUGGGAAGCCAGUGUUCUUGAGAGACAUUUGGCCAUCAAGAGAAGAAAUACAGCAAAUAGAGAGAAAUGUUGUGGUGCCUGCUUUGUUUAAGGAAGUGUACUCCAGAAUUGAGGAAGGCACAGAACGCUGGAACUCCCUUGAUGCCCCAGAGGGGAUGCUAUACCCAUGGGACCCUAAGUCCACGUAUAUCAAGUCGCCUCCAUUCUUUGAAACUAUGACCAAAGAACUGCCUCCAGUGCAGCCUAUUACAGAUGCCUAUGCUUUGCUCAACUUGGGAGACUCAGUCACUACUGACCACAUCUCUCCAGCUGGCAGUAUUGCCAGAAAUAGUCCAGCUGCAAGAUACCUAGCAGGAAGAGGACUGACUCCAAGGGAAUUCAAUUCAUAUGGAUCACGACGUGGCAACGAUGCUGUCAUGGCGCGUGGAACAUUUGGCAAUAUUCGUCUGUUCAACAAGUUCAUAGGGAAAGCUGGCCCUAAGACUGUCCAUGUGCCCUCUGGGGAACAGAUGGACGUCUUUGAUGCAGCAGAGCGGUACCGCAGUGAAGGAAAGAACCUGAUCAUCUUAACAGGGAAGGAGUAUGGGUCUGGUUCCUCCAGAGACUGGGCUGCAAAGGGACCCUGGAUGAUGGGUAUCCGUGCGGUAAUUGCAGAAAGUUAUGAACGCAUUCACCGCAGUAACCUGGUUGGGAUGGGUAUCAUCCCUCUCCAGUACAUGCAGGGUGAGAAUGCAGACUCACUGAACCUCACCGGAAAAGAGACAUUUACUAUUGACCUGCCACAAGAUCUUGCCACUGGCAUGGUUGUUGAUGUCAAGGCAAGCAGUGGCACCACAUUUAAAGCCCUAGUGAGAUUUGACACCGAAGUGGAACUGGCCUACUUCCGCAAUGGAGGCAUUCUCAACUAUAUGAUCCGUGGAAUGCUGUAACACCUUAGAUAAAACUUGAUUUAAGGGAAAAUGCUGACAAUUUUAUGAAUUCCCUAAAACUUCAUCCUUGGUUAUAAGCAAACAAUACUGCCAUAGAGUGAUAAUGAGAGGUUAAUGUUGUGGGUAAAAGGUUAUUCACACGUAAACUAGUCUAUAAACAAUUUGUUGCGAUGGUGAUCAGUAAUUCCCAAUAUAAAUCAAAUUUACAGUUAUACAGCUGUUAAACAGUGAUAGAUGAUAAAUAUACUGGAUGUUCUAGUAUUUUAUAUGAAAAAAUUAAGUAAGAAAAACUACUGAGUUUUUGUUAGAUGUUGAUUUAAGCUUAAACAAUAUGGUAUAAGUUUCUAGAAUAUAUUUGUAAAUGUGACAUGGUCUUCACAGAGAUAUUUAAAACUUAGGUUAGUGCCUAGAUGAACUGCUCAAAUCAAAGAGAUACAAGUACACAAAAUUUGUUCUUCUAAUUGUGAUGCACAACUAGUUGAAUUUUUUGUUUUAUUUUUAUGAAAGUGUGGUAAUAACAAUCCUGUUAAGUGAUUAUUAUUAUAAUCACAUGGUAAUGAUCAAAAAUCAUUUUGAAGAGAUGUGGUUAUACGUUUGAUGAAUAAAUGGUCCUCUCAUAUUUAUGUGCAACGUGGUAGCUGUUACCAGACCAUACCAGUUGUGUAAACAUGGGACGGCAUAUUUACUGAAACUCGCUCU